UAUUUUUUUUCAACCCUCGCCCUCAUUUAACACCCCCCUCUCCCACUUCCCCUCCCCUCACCCUCCCUCUAUCUCUCUCUCUUUGUGUGCGUCUGAUCUGAUCUUCGUCCCUCGUCGGCCUCUUCGACGCUUUUGUCGAUCAUCGCCAGUGCCGAUCGUCGGCGCCGUAUUCGCUCUUCCAGGUGUGAAGAGAAAACACAAAGGAAUGCCUUCAACGAAGAAAGAGAAAAUCAUUGAUAACACCAAGGUGGAACAUGAAAUAAUGACAGACAUGAAGGAAGAGCCUGUCGAGGAUGGUGAAGAACCUGUUGCUCGCAAGAGGCCGAAGAGAGCUGCUGCAUGCUCAAAUUUCAAGGAGAAAUCUGUCAGGUUAUCUGAUAAAUCUGCAGUUCUUGAAUCAAAGAAAAACCGUCAAGUGGAGGAAGAGAUGGCUGCCGUUGAUUUGACCAAACUUGGUCCUGAAGAUCUUCCACCAUGCAGAAAACUUCUAGACUUCAUCUUGCAUGAUGCUGAUGGAAACCCUCAGCCUUUUGAAAUGUCUGAAAUUGAUGAUCUUUUUAUCACUGCUCUUGUCAUGCCCAUGGAUGAUGAUUUGGAGAAAGAGAGAGAAAGGGGAGUAAAAUGUGAAGGAUUUGGGCGGAUUGAGUCUUGGUCAAUUUCUGGUUAUGAUGAAGGGUCAGCGGUAGUUUGGAUUUCAACUGAAAGUGUAGAUUAUGAAUGUGUAAAACCUGCAAGCAGUUACAGAAGGUUCUAUGAUCAUUUCUAUGACAAGGCAUGCAUUUGUGUUGAGGUUUACAGAAAACUAGCCAGAUCUGUUGGUGGAAAUCCAGAUUUAAGUCUUGAAGAGCUACUUGCUGCUGUUGUCCGUUACAUGAAUGGAACCAAGAAUGCCUCUGGUGGAUUUAUUAGUAAAGAUUUUGUGAUCUCUCUUGGUGAAUUCAUAUACAAACAGCUAGUUGGAUUGGAUGAGACCACAGAGAACAGUCAUGUGAAUUUAGCCACAUUGCCAGCUCUUGUUGCUUUAAGAGAUGAAUGUAAAAGUAGAAUAGAGUACAAUAGGGUGCCUCCAAUGGUCUCAAAUGGUAGCGUGAAGAUUAAUGAAGGAGGAAAUCUGGAGGGUACUGAAGAUGAGGAUGAGAAACUAGCACGGUUGUUGCAGGAGGAGGAAGAGUGGAAGUUGAUGAAGCAGCAGAGGGGCCGUCGUUCUGGGACUUCUCAAAGGAAUAUAUAUAUCAAAAUCAGUGAGGCAGAGAUUGCUAAUGAUUAUCCUUUGCCUGCAUACUAUGAACCCUCUGUUGAAGAAAUGGAUGAGUAUAUCUACUUCGACAGUGACAGCAGCUACAUGUCCUAUCCUGACCUUCCCAGAAGAGUUCUGGACAACUGGGCUUUAUAUAAUUCUGACUCAAGACUUAUUUCUUUAGAGCUAAUCCCAAUGAAGCCCUGCACAGAAAUUGAUGUGACAGCUUUUGGAUCUGGUAACAUGAGAAUGGAUGAUGGUAGUGGGUUCUGUUUAGAGGCUGACCCAGGCCAGUCUUCUUCAAAUACAUUUGACAACCUGGAUUGUGGGUUUCCAAUAUAUCUGAGCGCAAUUAAGGAAUGGAUGAUUGAAUUUGGCUCUUCCAUUAUUUUCGUAUCAAUUCGAACAGAUUGUGCCUGGUACAGAUUAGGAAAGCCGACAAAGCAGUAUGCUCCAUGGUUUGAACCAGUCCUUAAAACUGCAAAUGUUGCUAUUAGUAUCAUCAAGUUGUUGAAAGAACAAAGCCGGGUGUCAAGGCUUUCCUUUGCAGAUGUGAUCAAGAAAGUUUCAGAGUUUGAAAAGCGUCAUCCUGCGUACAUAUCCUCAAAUCUGACAUUGGUAGAGAGAUAUAUUGUUGUGCAUGGUCAGAUUAUCCUUCAGCAAUUUGCUGAGUAUCCAGAUGAGAACAUUCGAAAGUGUGCUUUUGUCACUGGCCUUUCAGACAAGAUGAUGGAAAGACGUCACACAAAACUUGUUAUGAAGAAAAAAGUUGUGGUAAAGAAAGAAGCAAAUCUGAAUCCAAGUGCAACAAUGAGGCCUGUGUUGUCCAAGAGGGAUGUAAUGCGUGCUACAACAACAAGGCUGAUAAAUAGGAUAUGGAGUGAUUACUACUCCAAUUACUUUCCAGAGGAUUCAAAGGAGGAUUAUCAUGAAUUGAAAGAUGUUGAGGAACCAGAAGAGAAUGAAGAGGAAGAAAUGGAAGAAGAGAACAUAUUGAUCCAGGGGGAGAUUGAUUCAAAGCCCUGGUCAUCCGUACAGUCUCACAAGCCAAAGCUUAAUUCUAAGGAAAUAAAAUGGGAUGGGGAACUAACUGACAGAAAAGAUUCUGGGGAAACUCUUUAUGGACGAGCAGUUGUUCGUGGAACUGUAGUUGCCAUUGGUGGAGCAGUAACUGUAGAAGCUGAUGAAUUGGAAGAAAUGCCAACUAUAUUAUUUGUUGAGUACAUGUUUGAAAAACUUGAUGGCAUGAAAAUGGUACAUGGCAGGGUAAUGAAGAAAGGAUCUCAAACUGUUCUUGGAAAUGCUGCAAAUGAGAGGGAGGUUUUCCUGACUAAUGAAUGCAUGGAAUUUGAACUGGGAGAUAUUAAAGAAUCUGUAACUGUGGAAAUUCGGUCACGGUUAUGGGGACACAAGCAUAGAAAGGAGUACUUUGAUGAGGAUAAGAUUGAUAGGGCAAAGGCAGAGGAGAGAAAAAGGAAAGGACUGCCUAUGGAAUUCUUCUGCAAAAGCUCAUAUUGGCCUCAGCAAGGUGCCUUUUUGUCUCUUCCUUAUGAUGACUUGGGCCUUGGAACUGGUGUUUGCAACUCAUGCAAACAGAGAGCAUCAGAGAGCAAUGAAUUUAAAAUAAACUCCAUGACAAGUUUUGUGUACAAGAAGAUCGAGUACAAUGUCCAUGACUUUUUGUAUGUCACACCCCAGUUUUUUGGUGAGAACAAAUUCGAGGAUCGUGGAACUUUUAAGGCUGGCCGGAAUGUGGGACUAAAAGCCUAUGUUGUGUGCCAUUUGCUAGAAAUUGAUGUUACUGCAGGGCCUAAACAGCCUACCCCAAAAUCAACCCAGGUCAAGGUCAGAAGAUUUUACAGACCUGAAAAUAUUUCUGCUGCAAAAGCAUAUGGUUCUGAUAUUAGAGAAGUUUAUUACAGUGAAGAGAUAGUUAGUGUGCCCGUAGAGAUGAUAGAGGGUAAAUGCGAAGUGAGAAAGAGAAAUGAUCUGCCAAAUCUGGACUUCCCUGUGGUUAUUGAUCAUGUGUUCUUUUGUGACUAUUCUUAUGAUCCUGUAAAAGGAGCUCUCAAUCAGUUGCCUGCCAAUGUGAAAUUUGCCUCCUUGACACGAAAGGCAUCUAAAACUACUCUGAAAAAGAAUAAGGGUAAGGAAAAAUGUAAAGAAGGUAGGCAAGAUGGCUCCAAUAAAUUGAAGGACAUAGCCCAAGAAAACCAGUUGGCUACGCUAGAUAUUUUUGCUGGUUGUGGAGGCCUGUCAGCGGGAUUACAGCAAUCCGGUGUUUCAUUUACAAAAUGGGCAAUUGAAUAUGAACAGCCAGCUGGUGAAGCAUUUAGUAAAAAUCAUCCGGAAACCUUGAUGUUUAUAGACAAUUGCAAUGUAAUUUUAAGGGCUAUUAUGGAGAAGUGUGGGGAUGCAGAUGAUUGCAUUGCAACUGAUGAGGCUGUUAAAUUGACAGCUGGGCUUGAUGAGGAGAAGCUUAAGAACCUGCCAAUGCCGGGUGAAGUAGAUUUCAUCAAUGGGGGGCCUCCAUGCCAGGGCUUUUCUGGCAUGAAUAGAUUCAGUCAAAGCACAUGGAGUAAAGUACAAUGUGAGAUGAUUCUAGCAUUUCUAUCUUUCGUCGAAUAUUUCCGGCCACGUUUCUUCCUUUUGGAGAACGUGAGAAAUUUUGUUUCAUUCAAUAAGGGGCAAACAUUCCGAUUGACUCUUGCUUCACUAUUGGAAAUGGGAUACCAGGUGCGGUUUGGAAUUCUGGAGGCAGGAGCUUAUGGUGUGCCACAAUCAAGAAAAAGAGCAUUUAUUUGGGCAGCUUCUCCCAAGGAGACUCUUCCCAAGUGGCCAGAACCUAUGCAUGUCUUUGCUAGUCCAGAACUGAAGAUAACAAUGCCUGGUGGUGUGCACUAUGCUGCUGUUCGGAGUACUGCUGGUGGAGCACCAUUCCGUUCCAUAACUGUUCGGGAUACGAUAGGGGAUCUUCCACCAGUCCCUAAUGGAGCUUCAAAACCCACAAUUGAAUAUGGAAGCCAACCAGUUUCCUGGUUUCAAAAGCUAAUUCGAGGUAACAUGUUUGCCCUGAAUGAUCACAUCUCCAAAGAAAUGAAUGAACUGAAUUUUAUUCGGUGUCAACGAAUUCCAAAGCAUCCAGGUGCUGACUGGCAUGACCUCCUGGAUGAAAAGGUUAAACUAUCAACUGGGCAAAUAGUGGAUUUGAUUCCAUGGUGCCUACCGAACACUGCAAAGAGGCACAAUCAAUGGAAGGGGCUCUUUGGGAGGUUGGACUGGGAAGGAAAUUUCCCUACUUCGAUCACAGAUCCCCAGCCCAUGGGAAAGGUCGGAAUGUGCUUUCACCCUGACCAAGAUAGGAUUAUCACAGUCCGCGAAUGUGCACGGUCUCAAGGAUUUCUCGAUAGCUACCAUUUUUCAGGGAAUAUUCAGAAUAGGCACAAGCAAAUUGGUAAUGCUGUCCCUCCUCCACUUGCCUAUGUGCUAGGUUUGAAACUGAAGGAAGCUGUUGAUGCAAAGUCUUCUUCAGCUUGACUGUCUCAUGGAUGUCUCUUAGUCGUCCAGGGGUGCCACCACACCCACAUUGGAUCUGCUAAACUGUCUAUACCUAUACAAGCAUCAGCUUUCAUUUCUUCAUUAUACAAAUUCUUCACAUCAGUUUAUGGAUUCCUCCUCCCCACCAUGCUAGAGGCAAUUUUGAGUGGCUUCAUGUUUUCUCAGAUAGGUGGAUGUCAGGUCAUGGCUAUUUUUUCCUUCUGUCUUGAGGGUGUUAUGAGAAUUAAUUAGGGCAGGCCUUGCUCCAUGUGACAAGAGUGUCAGGUUUGAAACAUGGAAUUUAGUUCAAACCAAUGUGUAAGAGAAAAGGCCCUGAGUACUCCUAGAAUUCUCUGGAAUUGAGCAUGCUUACUUCAAGGCUUCUUUUGUAUAUCUUGAAGAAUGGGAAUUGUCAUUUAUCGCUACUUUGGAAGUUAAAUUUUUUGACACUUUUUUUCCAAGGAAAUCUGGACUGAUUUUGUAAUGCCGAACUAGUCCACCUUUUCUUUUGGUCAAUACAGUAAAGUUGUUAAACAUUGCAGAUUUGCCACCCUGAGAUGUUGUAACAUGCGAGCACCACUCUGGAUCUUUAUCACGGUUGUGUAUUUAAGUUUGAAUUGGCACGGUAUGAGUUUAUAUAAA